AUGAGUCAUAGAGUACAACUUCUUUUGGGUGCAUACCAUAUGACAUUUCCUUUGAAAAGUGUUGACAAAACGAUUGAGAUGAAAUCUGUUCCAUACGUAUGUUAUGGUAAUUGUUUGUACAUUGAGUCAAAAAUAGCUAAUGUCACAGGUAUUUCAGGAGUUAAUAGUAAAGGUUCAGUAGAAUAUAAGUCUUUCUGUUAUGCAGUCAAUUCAAUGUUCAUUCCAAACGUUCCUGUCAUAGCAACUCAUUUAGGUAAAUGGGUUCGCAUUAGUCCUCAUAAUUUGAAAGACAUGCAAUUCAGACUUGUUGACUUUCAAGGAGAGCCUGUAGAACUGAAGGCACCAGUGCGAAUGACUGUUGAAGUUGACUUUUUAGAAAAUAUUAAAUGCAACAGCUUACAAGAGAACUCAGAGCUAAAAAUAUAA